AUGGUGAAACAAUCACAAGGAUUCAUUGACAUCCUAGAAUAUUCAAAAGACACUGAUUUUACUACUCACAGAUAUGUUCAGUCACCUACAGAGCCGAUAGUUAACAUGAAAGUUGUUAACCCUCCAAAGAGUUUACCUACCAAACCCGAGGUGGUUGCACAUUUGAAAUUAUUGAAAGCAUUUGAAGUAUUGAAGAACAAUUUGGUUCCUGGUGGGAAUUCAGAUACCGAAUUUGAUGAAUAUCGUGAGAAACUGUGGCAAUGUAUAGUGACCAUUGCCGUUAGACGGUUAAUUGUAUUCAUAUCAGCCUUGAAGCUAAAUGGUGCGGCAAAUUACCCUAUCCUGCCGAAUGAAAGAAAUACAUUCAAAAAUGCCAAUGAAAAGAACACCGAAUUUAUCAAUUUAAUGGACAAAAUUAUGCCACCAUUAGACGUAAUUAUGGUUUGGCAUGCUUUCUUGCUCAAUCCAAAAUGUUUUUAUGACACAUGUAUGAGAAAUAAUAUUCUUCAUUUUGCAAAUUAUCCAUUCCCGUUACAAAGGGUAAGUCAAUUCAUCGACAAUGAAACAUUUGAGUUUAAUGUUCCAGAAGAGAAGCAACAAAACUAUUUGGAUUUGAUUGAUAUUAUAGAAGAGAAAGAUAAUCAUCCCUUUAACUACCAGUUUUCACCUCAAACGCAUAGUGUUAAGUUAUUUUGUCCAAUAUGCCAAACGGCAUUAACUGGAUCGGUAUCAAUAACCAAUAAUAAGAACCAAGGAUUUGCAGAUCCCAAUUUCCAAUCAAGAAAUAUGAACUAUUCUCUUUACAGAUCUUCAAAUAUCCAAAAUGCAGCUCCAAAGAGUCCAUGUCGUUGUCAAGGUGCCCAAUACUUGAACCAUAACGAAAUAAGAUUUCUUAAUUUGUAUCACGAUGUUGCUGAUAAUGCCAUUUUACAGGGGGUGUAUAAACAUUUUUCUAGUGUUUUGUGUGAUCCUCGUUAUGAAGGAAGAAGACAAGAUGUGAUUCAGCAAGAUAUUCGUAAUGCGGUGUUGAACACUAUGUUUACCAGUGACCUUACUGCUUUUAUCUCAAGUAUUAAGAACAGGAAUUUUCAAGAGCAGAGAAGAAGACGAAUGAUCUUAAGAGAAUAUUUACAGCAUAACUAUGUUAGCCUGACCGUUCAAUAUGGAAUACAGGUUGGCGAAGACUUGGUUGGUUGUGUCUUAAGGCAAGAACGAUUUGUCCAGAAGAUCAACAAUUUAGAUUGGUUACAUUCGCCAUUGAUUUAUGACACUUUGAACGAAUCAAUAACACGUUAUCACAGAUUCUUUACAAUGUUGACUGAGGAAAGAAAUCGACGAGCAAUGUUGGUACCGUGUCUUGAUAUUGAUUUAAUAUGGCAUACCCACCAGUUGUCUAUGUAUGGAUAUUUCCGUGAUUGUAAGUCGUCCCCAUGUCAUUCGGUAAUUGAUCAUGAUGAUAAAAUUGAUGAAUCAAGAUUAGAUGAAGCUUUUAGUCACACUAGUAAGAUAUACAAGAUGCGUUAUAAAGAGAACUAUUCAGUUUGCUAUUGCUUGUACUGUACAAAUGACCGGGCUGCAAAUAAAAAGCAAUUUAUGGGUGGUAUUUUUAACACAAAGAGAAUUAUCGCUAAAAGAGAGAUGGCAAUGAGACGUAAUCCACUUUUUACACCAGAUGAAGGGUUGACACAUAUUAGUACUCAUAACUCAAUCAAGCUACCAACAUCUGAAGCCAAAAGAAAACGUAAGAAUAGUGACAUCGAUUGGAGCUACAACUAUCCAACGGUAAAUUACGCUGUCGCACCGUAUAGUCCAGUACUGGAAUCGCUGUGUGGUUUAUAUGGAAAUGGUACCUGUACUUCUGCACGUACAAACUGUGCCAGUUCCAAUGGGCUUUGCUCAGGUUUUGCUUCUUGUUCUGGUGGAGGUGGCUCAACUUGUGUAACUUCUACUAGUUCUGCAUGGGGCGGGAGUAGUAGCAGCAGUGGAGGAGGCUGUGGUAGUAGUAGUGGUGGUUGCGGAGGAGGAUGUGGUGGAUCUUAA